UUGUCAACCUCGCGACCGCGCAUCGAGGAGCCAAAACUACCAACGGCGCGCUCCAUCGCGUCUCGCCAUCAACCCUACAUCGACCUCACCUGCCAUCACCUCUCAUCACCUCCAUCAUGUUCUCGCCAGAAGCAUCAGUCCAGAGCGCGCGCAGCUCCCUGCGCAAUCCCCGGCGACGCCAGCGCAACUCUGAUGGGCUGCAGCAACAGUCGCGACGCAAGCGUAGCAAGCUCUCCGAUGAAAGCUUCCACGUCGUGACUGACGUGCACGUGAAAGAAAAUGGCAGCGUGAUGAUGAACGGCCAUGCCGGCCACAGCAGCGUCGAGAACUCGCUCGUGUUGGUCGACAUGCCUGUCCGUGAGAAGAAGGCAGCACCAAAACGCGCGCCAAAGGAGGACAACACACAGCUGCUGACGAAGAAUGCAAAUUACAGCGUCAAGAAGCUGCCCGGCUUCCCAACAGCUCUCUUGCGCCCGAACACCCCAUUCCAUGCAUCUGCCCUCGCCUCCGCCAGCCUCGCACUUGCUCUGACUACCGACCGCGCUUUCGUCUGGGACUACAGCGCCGCAGCUGGCCCCCCAAAAGUUGUCUCUCUGCCUCUACCCUUUGGUCUGAAGGUAUCGGACCCCCUACCUCUGGGUGCCAUUGUUCGAAACGGUCCCACAAACGACUUUGGUGUCGUCGCAGUCGCGCCCUCGACUGGCAAGAUCACAUUCUGGGACAACAUCGACAGCGCCGAGGCUCGAAAUCAAUUUCCACAACGCAAGCAGGGGGUGGAUGGGUCUGUGAAGCUGUACUCUGGAGAGACCAUAACCGAUCUCGUGGACAUUGAGCACGCGGGCUACAUUCUGAUCUUCAGUAGUGGGAGACUGGCGCAGCUGACCCUGCGAGAUGCACAAGGCCGACCGGGCAUCGCUACAAAUAUUAUCAACCCCCCGAGCGGCUCUGGUGGCAGUUUCUUCAGCCUUAAGGGUUUACUUGGAGGCGCUGUUCGAAAGAGCAUCGCCUCGGUCAGGGCUCGCCAAUCUGAGUCCAAGGGUCAGAUGGAGGUCAUUACGGCGACACGGAGCGGGCUGUUUCAGCUAUGGGAUUUGAGUUGGUCAGGACAACACAUUUUCAAGCAAGAGAUUAACCUACAUGUCGAUAUGUUGUCUGCGGUCCAGGGGGAUACCGCACCUGAGACACAGGCCCGAUACGACAUGAGCGUGCUCGACUUUGCCAUAAUGGAGCAACAGCAGACUCCAGGGUCCGUCAGGCUUUUGGUACUUGCGGCCUUCGCCGGCCGAGACUCCCUAGAUUAUGCUCUUCUCGAGGUGGACUUAUCAAACACAAGUGGCAAGGUUGGCAGAGCCAUUCCAGUCCGCAAUUUCCGUCAGAAUGAGUUACCAAAGGAGCCCACCGGCACACUUCUCCUUCCUCAGCCUGGACACACAGCAUUCGUUCAAUUUCCAGGCGCUAUGUUUAUUGCAUCUCUCACUGAGCCAAUCGAAGGCCCUGAAGCACAACUCCUCACCGAUUCUGGACGAACCAGCUUACCUUUCCAGGACGCCAUCUACUUCCGCAGUGACAUUCCUGUGGUAGUGUCUGGCACUGCUCUAGAACACGGGAGCCGGAAGAGCAAACAGGCUAUCACUACGGUCUUCAUCCAGAAUUAUGGAAUCGUCCAGAUUAGCGUGGAACCACCGACGACGGACGCUAGAGACAAGGAGAGAUCGAGAGUCACCGCUCGCAGUAAAUUGGAGCAAGCCACAUUCUUCAGUCUGAUCCCUGGAACUGUGUUAGACUUCUCAAUCAAGUCGCGAUUCUCGUUCCCGGAGGAUGAAACUUCACAGGCGGCACUAGACAUUAGCACCGGGAUAAUCAGCUCGUCGUAUGACAACCUCGAGACAGUCACAACUUCCAUGGACGACCAAUAUCAGAAGCGAGCAUUGGCCCUUCGCACUUUGAUCUCUGAGGUGCGAUCCGAAUACCCAUCAGUGUCAUUCCAAACAAAGUGGCGUUUGUUGUGGCAUGCUGAGAAGCUUGCGGCGGCACACAAACUCUGGACCUGGUACCAGGACAAACUUCAAGAUCAGAAACUUCACCCUGAGGCAUACCCGGAAAAGAUUCUCAUGAGCGACAUCGUCAGGGCUUUGAACGAGCGGUACAAGACAAACAUUCAACCCGAACUUGGCGAGACAGACCCUAUUCGGCAAUUCUUCCUGAAGGACGUCGACCAUAUUGGUGUACUCAUCCCCUGGGGUUGGUUCUAUCUGCGAACUUUCUAUAUGAAGGAGGGCGCAAAAGAACAGCCUUCGAUUAUGCAAAGGCUCAGCGAAGGGUCGGAUGUCAUGCUUGUAACUUUGGAAACCGCAUUCGAGUUCCGACAAGCGAACCUUGUCUUGUAUGGUCUUGAGCCGGAUUCUCUGGAUGACGGUAUUCUCAGGGCUGGACUUGGGUAUGAUGUUCUUCCCCACUUCUGGACAUCCUCUCAUAACAUCGUGAGUUCGAUCCGGAGCCUUGUUGACGUUGGACGCAAUCUGGCAAUAGAGAAGUACGAGGAAGGUCUUCAAGAAGGUCUCGCCCAGAAGAUCGGCAAAGACAACCCCCGACUUGUCAGGAUGGGCUGCGAAACUCAUAUCGAACGCUUCCGAUGGGCACUCGAACAGAGCGACGAGAAGCAGAGGGAGAUGGGGCGAAGCUUGAGGGAAGAAUGGAAUGUAAAAGUGCGCCCACAACACAUCCACGGCCUCAUGGAGAUAGGCCUCGCGACUGAUGGAAUGAACCUCGCUGAGCGGUAUCGCGACAUGCCUACUCUUGUUGACCUAAUCUGGGACGAGUCGAAUUGGCUUGAGGGGGAGAAAGCCAACACUCGCAGCAAGAUGGAACAGGCUGAGAGCACUGUCAAACUCAACCGGAUCAAGGAGCGCAUCAACCGAUACUUCGAUCUUUACGGGGACGAAUGGGCCGAAGCGUACUACUCCAAAUACAUCCAGGAAAACCAAUCCGGGCAAAUCUUCAUGAAGGAGUACCUCAACCAGCCAGCGCUCACAAGGUACUUACGAGCGGAUCCAUCCCGCGCCAGACUGCAAUGGAUCAAUGAAGUUUGUGGCGAAAAGAAUUACGAGGCAGCCGCUGAGGCCCUCUACGACGCCGCCACGAGACAAGAAACCAAUGCGUGGUGUAACCGUGUCGAGCUAUCCAUAGCAAAGCUGUCCAUGCUAUGCCAGAAGGAGGUGAAACCUGGUGUAAAGCCACAGCCAGAGAAAGAACGCAAAGACAUGAAUCGCCUUGAAAAAGCUCGUGACAGACAAGUAACGACCACCGACAACCAACUCGAGUACGCCAAGAUCCAGGAAGCAGUCUUCGACCGUCUGUCUCCUAUUAUCGAAGGAGCUCUCGAUGAUGACUCCGCCGUGGAACUCUUGAUGGCUGAACUCGGCCAAGGCCGACUCAAAGAUCGCCCUGCACAUCAAGCUAUCCUGAAGGAAGGUUUCGAGAACUUGAUCCACCACAAGGUUAUCGAUGCUGCGCUAAUGAUCGAUAUCCUAACGCUUAUGACAUACGAUGAAAGCGAGGAGCCGACGUCCCUUGUGCAGACGAAUGAAUUCAUGCUUGCACUCCGGAUUUUGGUUGUGAAUUGGCACGCUAUCCACCGUACUACACGCGAUGGACUGGUGAAACUCGUUUGGAAACGCCUCUUGAUCAAGGAUAACUGGGCGGAAAUCAAUAAUACCAAGGACAUGUCCGACGCUACGCUCAAUGAGUUCCUCGUCAACACAACAGCGGGCUGGACGUUCAAGAGUCUUCUGAAAAUGAUCGACGACAACCCUUUCUCUCGCGUCGUCUAUCCCCGCCCCAUCCCCGAGCUCAUCGGUGCUGGGUGUACGCAUGGCGAACUCUGCGUUCGGUUCGGGGCUGAAGAUCUCCGCGAGCCGAUUAUCAAAGACAACCUACUCGACGACGAUGUCCUGAGGGAGCUUCUUGAGAAGAACCGUCUGGAGGAGUGGUUCGCAGCUGCAUGUAGGGCGGCAAAGAAGGACCUUGACCAGGAGACGUACCAUGCACAAAAGCAGUUGAUGCAGCAAGGCUCUGAGACUGCUGAGGACGGUACCGAACAACCUACUGUGGAAAUGAACGGACACAUCAAGGAGGACGCUGGGACUGGUGAUGCAUCAGAGGAGGCGUUUGAGGGUGAUGUUGAGAGCGCGGCAGAAGGGGAGAGGGACACGGAGAUGCGGGAUUCUUAAGGAGUGGGAGACGGUGAUUAGGUGGAACUGCAUGGGUAUGGCGUUUAAUAUUACGAACGUGAGCGUUCGAUUUUUCUUUCUAUUGUGUGU